AGAGAGAGAGAGAAAGAGAGAGGAGCACUUCUCUGAGCCAGGUUGGCCUUCUCCCAAUUCAGCUCUCUCCCGUUAUGCUCGCAGUUGAUCAGUUUGGCGCAGGUGUAGCUUCCCUCUCUCCGGCUCCUCCUGCCUCCUCCCUGGUCAUUCGAUGUAUUUAUUGGCGCAUUUCAUGAACUAUUGAUUUUCUUCCUCCUCUCGCUGCGUGUCGUGGCGAGACUGAGCUAGAGGCAGACUCUGCUUUCCUCGUGCAGCGGACCUGUUGCAGCACUUUUUAAAGGCAGUGCGAAUCCCCCCCUCCCACCUGCCUUGUUUGUCCACACCCUUGUUCCUCUGAGGGAUUUCCGUGCCUCUCGUGCUUGCCGUCGCCGUCCAUGUUGGGAUGUACCUGUAUGGCUUAGAUGACUCAGAGCCGGGCUCUGCGGACUCGUACACCAGCCGGCCGUCGGACUCGGAUGUGUCCCUGGAGGAAGACCACGAGGCGCUGAGGAAGGAGGCUGACAGACAAGCCCUCGCCACACUCGAGAAAGCCAAGACCAAACCAGUGGCCUUCGCUGUGCGGACCAAUGUGGGCUACAAUUCUGGCCCCAGUGAUGACGUCCCGGUGCAGGGCAUGGCCAUCUCCUUCGAGGCCAAAGACUUCCUCCACAUCAAAGAGAAGUACAAUAAUGACUGGUGGAUUGGGCGCUUGGUGAAGGAGGGCUGUGAGGUGGGCUUCAUUCCCAGCCCGGUGAAGCUAGAGAACACGCGGCUACAGCAGGAGCAGAGGAUGAGGCAGAGCUGGCUCAGCUCCAGCAAAUCAGGAGGAAACUCCAGCUCCAGCCUGGGUGAUGUUGCCACGGGAACACGCAGACCCACUCCGCCUGGCACAGUGGCAUUAGAGGUUGACUCCCUCGACCUGGAUGCAGAGGAGCCCCCUGAGGGCCAGGCUGAGCCUCAGUCCCCCAGGGCCAGCAGUGUCACCUCUUCACAGGCUAACGCCCACCGCCUUCCUUUUUUUAAGAAGAUGGAGCAUGUCCCCCCCUACGACGUGGUGCCUUCCAUGAGACCCAUCAUCCUGGUGGGACCCUCACUCAAGGGCUAUGAGGUCACUGACAUGAUGCAGAAGGCGCUCUUUGACUUCCUCAAACACAAAUUCGAGGGCAGAAUAUCCAUCACGCGGGUGACGGCGGACAUUUCCCUGGCCAAGCGCUCCGUCCUCAACAACCCCAGCAAGCACACCAUCAUCGAGCGCUCCAGCACGCGCUCCAGCCUGGCCGAGGUGCAGAGCGAGAUUGAGCGCAUCUUCGAGCUGGCGCGCACCCUGCAGCUGGUGGCCCUGGAUGCCGACACCAUCAAUCACCCCUCCCAGCUGGCCAAAACCUCACUGGCGCCCAUCAUUGUCUACAUCAAGAUAGCUUCGCCCAAGGUUCUCCAGAGGCUUAUCAAGUCCCGGGGGAAGUCCCAGGCCAAGCACCUCAAUGUGCAGAUGGUGGCAGCAGAUAAAUUGGCCCAGUGCCCCCCGGAGCUCUUUGACAUAAUACUAGAUGAGAACCAGCUGGAGGACGCCUGUGAGCACCUGGCUGACUACCUGGAAGCCUAUUGGAAAGCCACGCAUCCACCCAGCUGCAACCCCCCCAACCCUCUUCUCAACCGCACCAUAACAACCGCUGCCCUGGCCGCCUCCCCCGAGCCCGUCUCCAACCUCCAGCUACAGGGGCCGUACCUGGUGCACGGGGAACAGAAGCGGGACGGGCCUCUGUCAGAGCGCACCGGGCUCCAUGACUACCAGACUGACCUGGGCGGGAAGCACCAGGUCCAGCAGCAGCAACAGCAGCAGCAGCAGCAGCAGCAGCAGGUCUACCUGCGCUCAUCGCGGGCCCAGUCCCGGGGGGGGCGGGGCCUUUCCCGGCAGGACACCUUUGACUCAGAGACGCAGGGCAGCCGGGACUCGGCCUACACAGAGGCGGGAGACUCCUGCAUGGACAUCGAGACCGACCCGUACGAGGAGCCCGAGCCGUACCGGGGCGGAGGCAGCCGCUUACAUCUGGGCCAGGCACACGGCCGCCAAGCCUCCUGGGAAGAUGAGGGGGCCGAACCAGAUCAGGAGAAUCUGAACCGCGCCCCCUUGCAGGAGCAGCAUGCCCGGACCAGGCAGAGGGAGAGGUACUGCCAGGACCCGGGAGACAACAACUCUACUCUGGGCCGCAACAAGAACCAGGAAGACUGGGGGAGGGAUGUCUACAUCCGCUAACACACCAUUGGCUGAGAGGCUGAUUGACAGACAAGGGGAGGGUAGUGAAGUGUAGAUUAUUGGGAAAAUGUGGUUUAAGAAAAAAAAAUGGCUCUCAUCAGUAACCCAUCUAAACUAAUCUUUCAUGACAGUGUCCAUUGAGAAAAAUGCAGAAUACUGCCAGACACCAGUGCUCUUAAUGUAAUUUCAGAACUGAAAUCCUCUGUUUUAGAGAUGUCUGACAGCAGUGAAUCACAGGUUUUUAGAACUGCAUGUGUGCUUUCCCUGGCACAGAAGCAUCGGUACCUGUGUCAUUGUAGUUGUUCUUACAAAACACCCCUAAGUGGUGAAGCGAUGGAACGUGCCAUUGUUUCACGCACUUUCAAGACCAACUUUCACCCAGCAGGAAUGUCUUAUGCUAACUGCACAUGUACUUCCCUUUGUUGCCAUGUGUUGCUAGAGCACUUGGCUAUGCAGCCCCACCCGCUGCUCACCUCUGCUGUGUCUGCACCAGUGGCAAUGCAUUUCUGUGAUUCCUGUUGUACUGACACUACGGGUUGAUAUUCAAGACAGAUCACACCAGCCCUUGUGCACAGUCUGCCUCCAUCCCUGAUGUAACUUCCCCACGUCAGUGCCCCCCUCCCUCAGUUUUAAGCUCUGGUAUUUACUCCGGACUAUGCCAGUCAUUUCACAACUCCCUCAGUUGCUUCAUUGAGUUGGGAGAUGGAAAUGAUACAAACCCCAGCAUUUCCUUUUUUAAAAGUAUGGAUGACAGUCUUUGGUUGAUGUCCUUGCUCAUGCAUUACCGUAUGAGUCUAAUGUAUUUCUGUGCUUGCCUGCAGGAGCUUUGCUUUUCUGCAUUUAGUUUUUAAUCCAUGAUUUAUUUGGUCUUUUAAUGAUGUUUAUAGCUCCACUUCUGCUAGGAGCAACAAGAAGAGCAUUUUAAGAAGGAGGAAAUGUUUCACAUUGUACAAUCUAGAGAGGGAGAGUCUUCUCCCUGUGCCAAUUUCAGAUGAAAGCGAUACAGGUGCCAUCUUCCCAGUGCCUCUGUGCCACACAGGGUAACCCAGCAGACACACAGGGAGCAAUGUGGGCAUGCCCACAACCAGAUGAUCACAUGACCCUGGAGUCUUACCAUUUUCUAUGAUAAGUGAGCUUGAUAAAAGACAACCAGUGACUGCUUUCCAAGGGUUGCCCUCAAUUAUGAGAUUUUAAUCACAGGGAUACAGUCAGAAUGGACUUUUUUCAAUUGAGACUUUAUAAAGUGCAAAGAGUUGGCAAAUAUGCAUAUUUCACUGUCUCUUAAAUGCAUACAGCUGAUUUCAUGACCAUGUCUGGCUUUGUCACCUACAGUCCCUGGAAGCUGUUUCCAUCCUUUUCAGAUAUGUCACAUUCGCUGUGUGAUGAACUAAUCAGAGCUGCCCUUUUUUCAAUGGUUCCAGCUUGGUGGUUUAUGACUGCCUUACCCUCAACAUCCCUCUCAGAAUGCAGAAUGCAGACAGCAGGUGUCCUUCUCAUGGACCGUGUGUUACGCUCACAUAAGUCUGGACACCAUUACCAAGUGUUGACAAUGUGAAUGUCCACUUCAGUGCUUUACCGCCUCUUACUUGCAGCUGCUUAUAUUGUGGUUUGAAUGAGUCAUGCAGGCUUUUGGGGCAAAAAAUUGUAGGCUUUUUUCGUCACCUGCUGUUGUUAACCGUUUUUAAUCACACUGUCUAUAAUCAGCUCACACAUUCCUCAGGAAUUUCAUUACAGGUAAAAAUAGCUUCCUUUGUCACAAAACGAUCUUCUGCAAGUUAAAACAUGAUACAGGGACAUGGGCAGCAAGCACUGCUAGGGCUUGUUCUGAUGGUUGCGUGGUGAUGCUUUGUGUUUGAGUGCAUGUGUGCUGCAGCAGAUGUCUUGUGAGUGGCUGCGUGGGUUGGCGUGGGAGGCGUGUGGGUGUGUACUUAGCAGUCAUGAGAGAAGAGGAGGAAGAGACUGUGCCCUGCCUCUAUAAAAGCAUGCAGUUGAGCUGCCAUUCUGUUUUACGGAAAAGAAAAAGUGCACGUCUUUCAGUCUGUCAGAGUUUUUUUUUUUAAUGAAAAAGCUGCAAGGAAAAGGGCUGGCACACAAAACGGCAACAACUUAAGAAACCCUUUCACCGGGUGAGGAUUCCGGGUUCUGUAGGAGUAUGUGUUUGAGAUGUAAUGGUGGGUGUGCCUCCACUGUGGUGAUGCAGGUCUGUGAGCUGUGUGGUCAUACAGUCACUCAGCUUCACUGCAGUUCACCGUCUUUACACGGGGACACACCCAGGGGCGAAACCCUGCCUUCUGUCUCCAUGAGGAGUGCUCCAGAAUUCCUCCCAUUGCAGAGUGCUUUGGGUGCAGUGGGUGCAGUGGGUGGGUCAGUGCAAGCUAUCCCAUUGCUGCCCUUCUGUCUCAGUCACUCCAAAUACCAACAUACUUACAGUCUGUCAGGCCCCAUGACUUUGACCUCAUCCCUGAUUCAUCUCAGUAACAGAUGUAGACUAAUGUCAGAAUGACCUUUAGUUUUAUUUUAUGAUCAUCAGAGUGAAGACUUUUUUAUUGUUUCUCCUUCUUGAACAUUUCAGCACCCAACAAGGUGGCAGCGUGUAUUUUAAAAGCCCCUGCCUAAGAUGGGCCUAUGUGUGGUGUAUUGUGUCUUACUGUUUUAAUGUGCGCAUAGCCAGAUGUUCUUCUCUUAAGCCCUGUACUGUACACAGUCAGUUGAAUAAGUGCCUGUUGUUUGUGAAGAUGAGUUACAGAUAGAGGCUGUGGUCAUAAUUUUUACUCUUCUUUAGUCCAGUCAUGGUCCCGCUGAUGGGAACCUCCUCCCCCAGCUGAGCAGCCCCUUUAAUUUGGCUGAUGUAAUUACUCACUGUCACAACAGAGGAACGUGCUGCAGGGUAAAUGGGGAUGGGAUGAUCUCAUGAUUUGGUCCAUUGUGGAGUCCGGCAUAUUAGUUCCAUUUAAUUAUCACUUACAGUGGCUGCAUUUUAUAGCUGUCCACUCGACUCGGGCUGUACUGGCUAGCAAAUGGCUGGCCCCUCCUCCCACAGUUGUGCCAGGUGUAUAUGCUUCUGAUGUAGUGUACCUGCAUCCAGUAAAUACUUGUCAACCUAUUAGGUGUAACCGCUUUCCACACUUACCGUCCCCUGGUAUGACUCCUGACAGCUGUCCCACUCCCACCAGAAGAAGCCCAUUGGUCGCUCAACCUCCACCAUGUCUUUCCUUUUCCGCGUGAUUGUCAGAAGGCUGCGCUGAUUCCCAUGCCACUCUCUCGCUGUCAGUGCCAAUGUCACCACAGUGCCACACUGCUGUUGUCGUGUCCUGCUGUGCCAGCUCCUCUCGCACAUCUGCAAGAGUCUCUUUAAGAUGAAGAGUCGCCUUACUUGUCACGCACAGCAUAGUCUUCUGGAAGUGUCUUUCUUAAACCCUUGUGCAUUCGAGAGCACUGUCAUUGAGGGGUAAGAUUGGUGUAGGAUCAGUUACACUUGUACAGCAUGUGAUGAAAUUCUACAUUGCAUAAGAAGUGACUUUAGAAAUGUGAUGUAAACUUUUUUUGAUCAAACACAUACAGUAGGAAGUGGGUGUGUGAAAUGCAAAGCAAAAGACUUUGUUGUAUUGAUGAAACACAAAACCUUUUCCUCACUUGUUAGCCAUGAUGGGCCUUAAGUGAUUGUAUUCCUCAGAUUGCAAAAUUUACAUUUUAUGUACUACUGAUCUACUAUGACUUUACAAGAGUAGGAGUGUUUAAUUUUUUAUUUAAGGCAAAAUAAUUGUGCCUGAUUGAAAUGAAAUGUUUCUAAAAGCUGUACUGGCACUACUUUAUGAUUUUUUUUCUUCAUUUUUAUCACUUGAUUUUUAAAGCAUAAAUGUGAACACUUGCUAUGCCACAUAAAGGAUAUAUGAUAUGUUUUUUAUUGCUAGUUCUGUGGAGUUAGGUUUUUUCACUUUAUUGUUUCUUUGGUGUAAAAGCACACCGCUUUCAGAAGCCUGUGUGGUUUACAUCCCGCUCUGUCUCUUUCUGAGACCACCAGUGGCUCAUCUUUGCUUGUGCCAGUUUCUCUGCCCGCUGCUGUGACUUUGCACACUGGAGAAAAGACAUGCUUCAGCUGAUGCUGAGGGGUUGGGGACACCUCAGAACAGUCUUGCCACCUGUCUCGUGCUGUCCUCCCUCAUGGAGGUAGAGCAGUCUCUGUCCUCAGGCCACUGGGGCUUUUCAGCCACACAGCCAGCGCGUUCAGUUUAACGGACCACUAUGCUGAACACAUUUACUUCUCAUUUUCACGUCUGCCCCCCCCCCGCAUUUCACCCUAAGCUGCCUGGAUGCAGACACUGUCACCCCCCUUUAAGCCUUGUUUUCUCUGCAACUGUUGUUACCUUUCUUUUGUGUCUAUUUUUUUAAUAUUUUGCUACCUGUUGGAUUAUUAAUUAUUCAGUUAGUUUGAUUUAAGUCAUUAAGUUCAUUUUUCUUCUGAGCACUUUAGAUUUUAUUUGAGAUUAGUUAUUUUCUUUUCCUUUGCCAUUAACAUACAUUAUUAGACAAAGACGAGACUACUCUGAGGUUAAAGGUCACUCCCCAGCCCCUUAUCAAAUGCUCGGGGACAGGAUUUACAAGAAAAAUGUGUAUGUUUUACAUCCUGAGACUUUAGAUUAUUGCUGGUGUAAACUACUGAGUCACAUAUAAAUAUGAUUAUAUAUAUGUACAAUAUAAA